UAAUGUAGAACCAGCUUGUAAAGCAACCGUCUCGCCGCGGAGCUACACAGCCCGACACCCGAUGGAAAUUAGUUUUAUAUCCUAUAUUCAUAAUGUCAGAUAAAAAAGUUGUAUUUGUUACAGUUGGCACAACGAAAUUUGAUGAUUUAAUAACUACAGUAUUAAGUCGUGCAGUUCUAGAGGCUCUAUCAGCUCGUAAUUACAAGCAUCUUAUCUUGCAAAUAGGCAACAGUAAAUUAGAACCAGAUUGUAUCGCACAUUAUGGCUUCGAUAAAAUAGAAAUUUUUGGAUUAAGUCCAUCCAUCGGAGAAUAUAUGCAACUGGCAGAUCUUGUGAUAAGCCAUGCAGGCGCAGGAAGUGUUCUGGAAGCUUUGGAAAGACGCAAACAUUUAAUUGUGGUGACUAAUGAUCUUCUCAUGGAUAAUCAUCAGAUUGAACUGGCUGAACAGCUGUAUAAAGAUGAACAUUUAUAUUAUUGUACUUGUAAAAAUUUGUUGCAUGUCAUACAAACAAUGGACUUGACAAAGUUAAAGCCAUUCACCAAUGACAAAAGUGCUGAUAUAGCUAAUUUUAUUGAUAAAGUAAUGGGAUUUAGAUGACAAUGUUGAAGCAGUAUUGCCCUUCAUUGAAUAUGGGAAGAUUGUUUUAUAUGUUGAAAAAAAAAAGUCAAAUAGC